AUGAACAGGCCGGAGCCGGAGUCCCGGAGGAAGUUCGUUGUUGCUUGUGACCUCAUUCUUUCAAGACCAGCAUUGCCUUUCAAGUCUGCGGGAAAUGAAAGCCGGUGCACAUCUAUUACCAUAACUGGGGCGAAAUUUGAACUAAUAACUACUCCAUGUCCUGCUAAACAAAAUAUUUCUCAAGGAAAGACUGAAUGGAAAAUCAAAGUGUCAUGGAUUCGAGGUCACGACUUGCAAGUGCUUUCUACGGGCCGAAGCACCAUUUCUACAGACCUGCGGAUAUCUGUGUUACCGGGUACAACGUCCAAAGCAAGAAAUCCUAGAGAUAUCAUGUAUCAAGCCUGUCUGUCGUGUACAGGUAUUGGCCGCUUCUCUCUAUCUCCACUUCAUUAUGUACAAGUUACAGAUGGAGUAUUUAAAACAAGUCAAAGCGAUAGAAAAGACGAAGGAAAACCACAACCACGUCAUAACAUUCAGGGCUGGACUAGGGCCAGAGCAAAACAUCGACCCAAGGCAAGAAGAGAAAGGUAUACAAAGAGAAGCAAUAAAAGAGCACGGUUUAGAAGAGCCCAAGAAUUCAAAUUUGCAUCUGAUGCCAUGGUGAACCUGUACCGUGAAGCGGAAUCUCAUUUACCCUCACACUUAUUCAGCAAGUCCAUAGUGCAGAGCAGCUCACAGAGGUCACUUUUCUACAGUCCACUUAAAAACUCAAUUUCCAUAUAUCCUCAAGGUCCAUUUUUAGGUGGGGAGGACGACAAAUUACUACAACCAGGACCCAAUGACAUCGGCGGCAUAUGGGAGCCUGAGGACUAUACUCUGCAGAUCAAGUAUACACAACUCGAUGAUACUGGAACCUAUAUGUGUCAGAUCAACACUGAACCACGCAUCUUCCAGACAGUGUUACUUAAAGUCUUCAAGGUGAAGGCAGAAAUUAUAGGCAGCCAUGAACUGUUUGUCAAAGCUGGAAACCCUGUCACACUUUCUUGUAAAGUGAGUCAUGGAAACAUGAUCCCAGGGUUCACGUUGUGGUACAAGGAGGAGCGACUCGUGGAGUACGAGAGCAGCGGCGGGAGAAUCCGCGUGCUAACUCUGCCUGAGGGCUUGAGCCAUCUGAAGAUCGAGGAUGCUCGAACUUCCGACUCUGGCAACUACACGUGCUCCCCGUCGGGCGGUGUCCCUGCCUCUCUUGUCCUCAACGUUAUUGAGGACGAGCGUCAGGCCGCCAUGCAGCAGGGGAACGUGGCAGCAGGUCCUCGUCUCGCCAGUGCAUCCUUGCUCAUCACCUUUCUGUUGGUGACGGUUCCUUUCGAUCCUUUAGUCCCUGCGAUGUCCUUCGGAAUUUACUUGUAUUUAGCGGGAAGAACUUGUCUGAUGCGCGCCACAAUACUUACCGUGAGCGCCUUUGUCACGACUGUUACUGAGCUCUGUGCAAGAUCUGUGCAGUUAUAUAGACCUUGGUUCUGUGCGCUUGGAUUGGCUUUCAUGGAAGCGGUCAGCGUAUUGCUGAUCAUGCCAAGACGCGUCAUGUCUCGUAAGAUAUUUAUGACUUUUGUGUGUUUCUUCGUUACGUUAUUAGAAAUACCCUUGUGUUUGCGAAAAUCCUUUGAUCUGAUUACAGAAAUACUCGACAUGAUAUUUUUAUAGAAUGAAAUUUAUGGAAAAAAACUGUCUCAAUAACACAUGUCAAAACUAAUGUCCGAAGAAAGAAAACAUUUACAUAAACACAUACGGUAAUAGAUCUGGUACACCACGAGCCUGGAGAAGACACUUUUUAUUAAUACUUGUGUUGUUAUGCAGUAUUCCGCGAGUGGAGAGGUUUAAUUAAAUUUUAUCUGCAACAAUUGUAUCCGAAAAAAAAUCAUAGGUUU